UCUCUCUCUCAAAAAGAAAAACACAAAUAGAUUUUCUUCUCAAACCCUAAACCAACUUUUUUUUUUUCCUUCCUCAAACAUCAAAAUCUUCGCUUAAAUCUCCAUAAUUACUCCUUCUACAACUGUAUUUCUCCACAUAUUCGGCGAAAAAUUGCAGAUUUGAUUGUUCGUUGCGUGUUUCUACACAUAUAUUGAUUAGCUUUAGCUGAAGUUCCCCGUUCUGCUUACAUCAUGGCUUCGCUGGAUAUGUCCCUGGAGGAUAUGAUAAAAAGUAGGAGAAAUACCGAGAGGGGUGGUAGGGGUCAAGGCAGGGCCCGACGUGGAAGAGGGGCAGGGGGAUCAUUUAGAGGUGGAUCAUUUAGAGGUGGAAGAACAACAGGAGCUCCUCGUAGAGGGCCACUUGGCGUUAAUGCGCGGCCAUCAGCCUACACAAUUGCCAAGGCAAGCUCAAAACUAUUGGAAAUCUUAUGAUUUCAUAGAAACAUUGAUAUGCUUUAUGAACCCAACUGAAGGUUCUCUGCUUUUGUUUAGUUGACAUACAAGAGACUUGAUUUUUUUGGUUCCAAGGAGAAGUCCACUUUGGUUCAGCCAUAAUAACAACUGCAGUGCAGUUGUUGAUGAUCUUUGAACUUUCUCAUUACUCGAGGAUUUCUGAUGGAUUUUGAUAUAAGUGGGAGAUUCAGGUGGCCCUGUUCAGGCAAAUCACUUCUUUGUAGCAUGCUUCUUCUUGGGGAGAUUCGUUAACUGAAAAUUUAAGAUCCCUUUCACCAUUUUAAACACCCCUAACCGCUAAGUGUCUUAGAGGGUUGAACUUUUUUAACCAUCUAUUAUCCUUAUUGUCUAGUAGCGAUUGCUCUAGUUUCACAUUAUUGGUUUAAAGAGGAGUUUGUGGCUGUCCUCAUGAAUUCUGCUUGCAUUUUGUGGAACUGCUAAGGGACAAGAUCUUCUGUUACCAUCUCAAUUCAAGGCGUUUUUGCAAAGGUGGCUUCAUUUGAACAUCAGAACUGGAGCUCUUACCUUUUUGCUUAAGUACCUGAUGUGCUGUGGGUCAAAUCCUUUAUCUCCCAUCUACACUUAAUUCUGCAUCGUUGACUUCUCUUUUGCUAUUUAGAUUGCAUUUUUUGAGCAAUUCAACUUAACUGGAAACUACUGCUAGUGCGAUGGAACUGUGAUGAAUUGAUCUACUGUCGAAGAAUGACAUUCCGCAGAACCAAGAAUUUGCCGUGGCAGAAUGGUUUGUUUGAAGAUAGCCUUAGAGCUGCAGGAUUGUCAUCAGUGUUGGAGAGUGGCACAAAGUUAUAUGUUUCCAAUUUGGACACUGGAGUGACUAAUGAAGAUAUAAGGGAACUCUUUACGGAGAUUGGAGAACUAGUACGAUUUGCAAUCCACUUUGACAAAAAUGGACGUCCAAGUGGCGCUGCUGAAGUGGUCUUUGCCAGAAGAAGUGAUGCAUUCCAAGCUCUUAAAAGAUACAACAAUGUGCAGUUGGAUGGGAAGCCUAUGAAGAUUGAAAUAGUUGGUUCCAACCCAGAAAUUCCUUUGGCAGCUCGUGUAAAUGUAGUUGGAGGAACCAACCGGAGGAGGACUGUUGUCAUGGCGCCGGGUGGUCCAGCUCGUGGAAGAGGAGGCGCUAUUGGUCGUGGUUCUAGUCAAAGGGGCCGUGGUGGUUUGAGAAAUGCACCUGGACGCGGUCGGGGUGGUGGUCGUGGUUGGGGUAGAGGUCGUGGCCGAGGUGGUAGGGGAAGUAACAGGGGUGCUGAUAAGUCUGCUGAGGAUCUUGACAAGGAGCUGGAAAACUACCAUGCCAAUGCUGACGCCAUGGAAGCUUGAUUGUGAAACUGCUCAACUCUUGUGACCCGUUGAUGUGUCUAAAGCCAAAGCAAUGAUAGUAUUUAUGUCAUUUAUAGGUGCGGCUAGCUUGCAUGGUGCUACUAUCUCUGUGGAUUCCAUUUCCAACUGAUGCUUUCCAGUUGUAGCUUCUUACAGUUUAUGAUUGUAUUGAUCAAGGGAUUGUUUGAUGAAAGCUUUUUAGUACGUAAUGAGUGAAUGGUAAAUAGAGUGGUUUGUGUUUGUCAA